UGAAAAAGUGCAAAAUUGGUGUGCUCCUGUCGCAUAGUUAAGCGUAGUUACUUGUAGAAAUGACUUCCCGGGAAGUGAUCAGCAUCGCAUCCGACGAUAGUGACACCGAGGAGGAGCAAAGCCCGCAGAGCAAGCUUACUGAAUACAAGCAAAGCAGCAGCAGCAGCUCACGCAAACACAAAAAGCAUAAGCGACAUAAAAAAUCAUCCAAAUCAGAGAAGGGGGACAAACAGCACAAGCCAAAAAAGCAUAAGAAACACAAACGAAAGCAUCGGGGCGAGGAUGAGGAUGAAAGUAGCUCCGAAGGUGGUGAACCUGCUAAAAACGGUGGCUCUGUUGAAUCAUUCCGGAAGAUUGAACAUGUUUCACGUGCAAAACAAUCGGUCGAGGAUGAUAGUGUAGGUGAUGACCGUGCCAGAGGAUACGACCUUGCCGCGCGUUCGAAGAACAAUGGCAGCACGAAGGCAGUGGUUGACAAACGCAAGGGGCACAUUUCUACCGAUCCUGAUAAGCUGGUGCAAAUGCUGACUCAAAAUCUUGAAAAGCGCAAAGAGGAUGUGGUUUCGGUGGAGAGCGAAAGCGAUGGUACUGCAGUGGAAGAUGCGCCCAGCCCGGAUGUUGCCGUUAUUGAGGACGAUGAGCUCAAUUUGGAGGAACUCAUGCGGCAGAAAGCUUUGCUGCAGGCGUGCCUCGGUGAGUAUGCUACGGACGAGGAGGAUGAAGAAAAGCAGUCAAGAGCGGAUCCGAACAGGGAGCGGCCAGUGAAGAAGAAGAGAGUCGAAGGCAACGAUGCAGUCAUUACCAUCGAUGGUGAUUCAACGCCGGACCUGAACGAUCAGACAAGAAAACGAACGUCAAAUGUCGUUAACCGUUCUUCAAAAGGUGGUAGGGAGGACCAACUCUCAGCUGGACAUAGGGGAAACAAUGCCGAAUUGGACAGCAAGAGAACUAAGGAUCAUCAGCAGCAACCAGCGGAAGCACGUGCAAGGCAGCUAGAGCGCGAACGGGAACGGGACCGUGAGCGGGACAUCAGAACCAGGGAAGAGCGCCGUAACAGAGAGGAGGAUAAUUACAAGCGGCGCAUGGCUGAAGAGCGGUACGAGCGGGAAAAGGCUCGAGAAAGGGACCGUGAGCGUGACCGGGACCGGGCACGAAUGCGUCAACGGGAACGAGAUCGUUCGCUGGAAAGACGGCGAGAUCGUCGUGGUUUCUCGCCUCGGGAAAGAAGUCGCGAUAGACGAUCCAUCGAGCGCGAUCGGGGUCGUGGUGGGCCUGGUGGAUUGGGUGGGCCGCGUGACCGUUUCCGUGGUCGUAGCAGGAGUAGAGACCGGGAUAUGAGAGGUGCUGGUGGGAGAUUCGAUCGGGACAGGGAUCGUGGACGUGAUAGAGACCGCGAUCGGGAUUACGGCCGUGGUAUGCAACGGAAUGGUCGCGAUGGUCGCGGUGGCGGCAAGGGACGCAAAGCGGACGAUGAUCGCUUUAAAGAUUCGCUCAGUGAGGGUCUGAAACAACAAAAGGAAUCCAGCAGUGAUAGCGAGAUUGCCGACAUCGAUAUCGAUGAUGAAGAGGACGAGGAAAAGAUUAUCGAGAAGAGACGCAAAGAGCGUGAAGCUCUGCUCAAGAAAUUGGGCGUUGUAAAUGAGGACAGUAACACGAUGAUGGAGGUGGAACCACCCGAGCUUAGACAGGUCAGUAUGGGCAGUACGGAGCCAUCGUCGCGCAACGAGAGCCGUGAAGGAACCAGCCAACGUCCGGACGAGCGCGACCGGGAGGGAACAGAUCAUUCGCUCACCCCACCGAUACCGAACGAGCGGAAGGAUCUGAUGGGCAAGGUAGAACGUAAGGCGAAAGAAUCACCCGAACCACCGAAAGAUCUGGACAGGCAGAGUAAGGAACCGAAAAAUUCUGCGAAAGAAAAUUCUAAACGCCCCGAAUGGGACAUGUUUGCCGAACAGGACAUCGACUCGAACUUCGACUCACCUGGCACAGUUGUGGCCAACAAGCAGGCGCACGAGAAUCCGGCCCUGACGGACAACUGGGACGAUGCGGAAGGUUACUAUCGUGUGCGAAUUGGCGAAAUCCUGGACAACCGGUACGUGGUCGCUAAUUACACUGGACAGGGUGUGUUCAGUACGGUGGUGAAAGCGAGAGACCAGGCCCGUGGAAACGCAUUCGUGGCUGUCAAAAUCAUACGCAACAAUGAGAUCAUGCAUAAAACAGGCUUGAGGGAAUUGGAAAUUCUAAAGAAACUGAACGACGCCGAUCCCACCGAUCGGUAUCACUGUCUACGUCUGUACAGACACUUUUUCCACAAGCAGCAUCUGUGUAUGGUCCUUGAGCCACUGUCGAUGAAUCUGCGUGAAGUUUUGAAAAAGUAUGGCAAAAAUGUCGGUCUACACAUCAAAGCCGUACGAAGCUACACUCAACAGCUGCUGCUUGCGCUCAAGCUGUUGAAAAAGACCGGAAUUCUGCAUGCCGACAUCAAACCGGACAACAUUCUGGUGAACGAAAACAAUCUGGUGCUAAAGUUGUGCGAUUUUGGGUCCGCUUCUUCAAUAACGGACAAUGAAAUUACACCGUAUUUGGUAUCGCGGUUCUACCGUGCUCCGGAAAUCAUUCUCGGUUUAUCGUACGAUUACGGCAUCGACAUGUGGUCCGCCGGUUGCUCCAUUUAUGAGCUGUACACGGGCAAAAUUUUGUUUAGUGGUCAGUCAAAUAAUCAAAUGCUUAAAUAUUUCAUGGAUCUAAAAGGCAAGAUACCGAACAAGCUGAUACGGAAGGGGCAGUUCAAGGAUCAACAUUUUGACCAGAAUUGUAACUUUCUAUCGCAUGAGAUAGAUAAGAUCACCGAGCGGGAAAAGGUCGUGGUAGUAUCAAUGAUUAAGCCCACGCGGGAUCUACAACAGGAAUUGAUUGCUGGACAAAAUCUACCGGACGACCAGAUACGGAAAGUAUCGCAACUGAAGGAUCUGUUGGACAAAGUGUUUGCACUUGAUCCAGCAAAACGGAUUUCACUGAACCACGCUUUGGCCCAUCCGUUUAUCCAAGAUAAAAUCUAG